AUGUCUGAUUCAGAAUCAGACGGAGGCGUACCCCUGAUCGAGGCCGAGUUUGAUACGACGGCGUCAUCCAAGAAGAGGAAGAGAGAAGCCGAGCCUGAGGCAACCAAGGACAGCAAGAAGGCUGCCAAGAAGGCCAAACGGAAGGAAAAGAAGAAGCAGAAGGCCAAGGAGAUCAAUGAAGAUGAUUUGGAUCAAGAACUGGGCGUAAACCACGCAUUUGAGCGGUUGGAUAAGGAACUACUUGCCGACUAUGUUAAUGCCAGAACGCGUCUGUAUGGGAAAGAGCUGAGCAGUGUUGAACUGGAAGACAAGUUUAUAUCUGCUCGUACUGUACAGGACAGUACAAGAUGGACGAAGCCACGUACUCUGGAGAGCCUUCCUGAAUUUCUCAUCUCGUUAUCAAGUAACCUGAGUCCUACUCCUCCCAAACCCCACGGAUCACCGCACACGAUCAUCAUUACCGCCUCUGGAAUCCGAGCUGCAGACGUGUGCAGGUCUCUCAAGUCGGGUCUGCCCAAGCACGGUGUCAAAGACUCCAACGUGGCCAAGUUGUUUGCCAAACACCUGAAGUUGAUGGAUCAAGUGGCCUAUCUGAAGAAGACCAAAAUUGAUUUUGGAGUGGGAACACCUGAUCGUCUGGUUCAGUUGCUCGAACACAAAGCGCUGACGAGCAAGAACUUGAAGAGAGUGGUGAUUGAUGUGUCGUACAUUGACCAGAAGAAGCGGGGUAUUCUGGACAUGAAGGAGCUGCACGAAUCGCUGAUGAAGCUGCUUUUGAGGCCAGAGUUUGUUGGCAAGACGAAGCAGGACGGUAGCGACUUGUUCUUGUUUUACUGA